CGAAUCAGCGCCACAGUGGCGUAAUAUCAAGCAGAUGGAUAAAUAGUUCUCAGAAAUUUCAAUUUAUUUUUCGCGAAACUGUGGCGAAAAUUGAAAAAUAAUAUGCCGAAAUGCUGUGCGAAGUGUUGGCCAAUUUAAUGAAAGAUGAUAUGGGAACAUAGUAUACGAGUAAUGGCCGAAGUACGAGGUAAAACGUUGGCGUAGGAAUCGGACCUCUACCCAUAACCGCCAUAACCUCCAUUCGUGUUAUUGGAGUAGAUACGGAAUUAAGUUGUGUGUCAGAUGUGCCUAUUAUUUGGGAUAAUUCGAUAAGUUUUGCGGCGUUUCUUAUUUUCAGCAUAUCGAGGACGACCUAGUGAAUAAUCUAUUAUGUGUUUGAAAGGACUGGGGUGCAAAUUGAGCGACCGAAAUGAAGAAAAGCUUCCGUUGUUGACUAUAACGGCGGGGUGUUGGCAACGAUCGGCCGUGCUAGAUCGCAGCCGUUUUUCUUAACAUGGCUGCAACGCAGGCCGAAAACCAACAAAAUGACGUGAAUAGUGAGAAAGUGCAAUCGGAUCAGCAUCUGAACGUGCGGAAUUCCUUGUUGCAAAAUGGGACCGAUAAGAGUGGUUUUCGCGGAGGUGGCAGUGUAGGGCAUACAAAGGCGAAAAACCAAAAUAUCGCUCUGGAAAUGAGUCAAUACCGACAGGACGGGCCCGGGAGCGGCCCGACGGGGGCACCCGGCCCCUCCGUGUCCGAAUCCCCUCACGCGCAGACCGACUCCGAACCGUCUUCGGGCUCCGGGCCCCCCGGCAACGCGCAAGAAUACCACGGCGAGGGGCUGCCGCCUCCGCUGCCGGCCCCGGACGGCCACCCCUACGGAUAUCAGUACUCCAGAGACCUCUCGGCCCCCUCAUCCGAGGGGGGCAUUCACGCGUUCGGGCCGCGCCAGCCGUUCGGGGCCCCCAAGCAGCUGCCCCCGCAGCCCCAUCAGCGGUUCGUGGCGACGGGGCCGCCCUCGGGGCCAACUCCUACCCUCAACCAGCUGCUGCAGAGCAACAACUCCAUGCCGCAUCGGUACCCGAACAGCUACGGCCACCCGGAGCAGCCCUACGGGCAGCCCUGGCCGCCGCAGAAGCCCCUGCAGCAGGGGUAUCCUGGCGGGCCCCCGGGGGGACAGGGGCCGCCUCCGAGUGGGGCGCAGCCUGGCCCCGCGUACAGGACGCAGCCGACGCUGCCCUCCGCAUACGGUCCAGGCGCGUCACCCAACCCGGCCGUCUACUCGGACGGCCGCUCCGGAUGGCCGGGCGGCCCACCUCCGCCCUCGUCCCACGCGCCGGGCAGCCCGGGUCAGCCCUCCUCGCAGCAGGCGCAGGCGCAAGGCCAAGCGCAGCCCGUGCCCGUCAGCCAGCCGUCGCCGCAGCCGUCGCAACCGCCCAGCCAUUCGCCCGGCCCAGGGCCCGGGCCGGGGAUGCCGCCCAGCCCGCAGCAGCAGCACCAGCAGCAGCAGGGGUUCCCGCCCAGGCCGCCGGCGGCUACCACGCCGAACGCGCACGCUCCGGACGCAGCGGAUCUGAGUGGGGGCAAUAGUAAUGACAGUUCUGGGGGACCCGCACCUGGCACACCAAAUUCGCAGGGCAUGAGGCCGACUCCAUCUCCUACAGGAUCUACAGGUUCUCGAUCCAUGUCACCAGCAGUAGGCCAAAACAUUCCCAUGCCGCCGAGGCCGUCCAGCGGCCAGUCCGACGGCAACGGCCCCGGCCGCCUCAGCCACUCGCCCAUGGUCGCCCAGGGCGGCUACCCCGCCCCGCAUCCCGCCCACGGCUACAAGCCGCACCCGAGCCUAGGCGCGGGCGGUGCGGGCGGGCCGGCCGGGCAGCAGCUGCCGCUCUACCAGCCCGGCCAGUACGCGCCGCGGCCGCCCCCCUCCGGCGUCCAGUAUCUCGGCCAGUACGGACCGCAGGCGCCGCCGCAGGCUCCGCCGCCGCAGCAGUUCGCCAGAGGCGGGGCGGCCAAUCAUAUGCAGAACUCGCAGUUCCCGCCCUACCAGCAGGGAUGGCAGCCCGCGAUGGCCGGCGCAGGCGCGAAAGGCAACGGCCCGAAUCCGCCCGCGCAGUCGCAGUCGCCGCGGCCGCCGCACUACCUCAAGCACCACCUGCAGCACAAGAUGGGGCCGCAGCCGCCCAGUCCGGGCCCGCCGCAGGCCUACCACAUGGGCCCGCCGCACCACUCGGGCAUGGGUCCGCCCUCGAUGGGCCCGCCGUCGAGCAGCGCUCACCUGCCGAACAGCCAUCCUGGCCCCAACCCUGGCCACGACGGCGGGCCGAUGCCUCCGCCGAGCAGCACCCCCAACUCGCACGCUACCGGCGCCGACAUGAUGGACAACGGGAUCACGACGACGGCGGCCGGCCCGGCGAUGGGGACGCUCGUGACGGCGGCGGCGGCGGCGCAGGGGUCGGUCACCUCGGUGGUGACCACGGGGCCGGACGGGGCGCCCAUCGACGAGGGGUCGCAGCAGUCGACGCUGUCGAACGCCUCGGCGGCUUCAGGCGGCGAAGACCCUCAAUGCACUACCCCGAAGGCGUCUCGCAAGAACGACAUGGGCCACUACGGGCACCCGACGACUCCCCAAGGGGCGGGGCAGUCGCCCGGGGCGGCCGGCAUGAAUUCCAUGCACGACGAAUACGGAGACCUGGGCAGCCCCAGCUGGCAGCGCACCCCAGCUAGCCCGGUGUUUAACAGUCAUGUGCCUCCGCCGGAUACGUAUCGCUCAAAGAAAACCGACAGCCUAGGUAAGCUGUACGAAAUGGACGAUAAUCCGGACAGGAAGGCCUGGCUGGACAAGCUUCUGGCCUACAUGGACGAUAGGAGAACGCCCAUCACCACCUGUCCUACCAUCUCCAAGAAUCCCCUUGAUUUGUUCCGCUUGUAUAUGUUUGUUAAGGAUCGUGGGGGCUUUAUGGAGGUGACGAAGAACAAAACGUGGAAAGACAUAGCCGGCAUGCUCGGCAUCGGCGCAUCGUCCUCCGCCGCGUACACGCUGCGCAAGCACUACACGAAGAACCUGCUGGCAUACGAGUGCCAGUUCGACCGUGGCGGCAUCGACCCGCAGCCGAUCAUCAACCAGGUGGAGGCGUCGUCGAAGAAGAAGAGUGCCAAGGCGACGUCGGUGCCGUCGCCGGGGUCGUCGAACUCGCAGGACUCGUUCCCUGCGGGGGCGGCCGGCGGGGCGGGCUCGAUGGACGGGUACGGCGGGUACGCGGGCUACGCGCCGCCCGCCGGCAGUCAGGAGUACCAGGGGCAGCAGCAGCGGUCGGGCGGGCAGGCGGGCGCCUCGCCGCACGGGGGUUCCGGCACGAACCACCUGAACAGCUCGGCGCCAGGGGGCCCCAGCCCCGCUGGCGGGGCUGGCGAUAACGUGAGCGUCUCGAACCCGUUCGACGACGUGUCGCCGAGCCCGCCCGCACCCAGGGGGGGACCCUAUCCGGGCGGGCCGCACGCCCCCUAUCCGGCCGCAGGCGGGCCGCCCAGGCCGCCGGGACAGAGUUACGCGGGCCAGCCCGGGUACCAGUACCCGGGCCCGGGACCCGGUUCGGCCGCGCCGCCCGAUCAGUAUUCGCCAUACCCGAGCAGUUCAGGUUAUCCUCCAGCCGUCAGACCAGUGUACCCUCCAUACUCGGGCGACUCCUCUGCCCCGCCGGCGAGUCCCAACAACUCGCAGGGGCCCCCAGCGGCCGGGGCGCAGGACCCCUACAGAUACAACGCCAAUCCGGGCUCCAGCUACAGCCCCAGGCCCGCGUACGGGCAAGCCCCGAGCAACAGCGGGCCGCCAGCGUCUCAACCGGCCGGUCCUGGGAAUUAUCCCCCGCAUCCCGAUUACUAUCGUCCAGAUCAGGGGCAGCAGGGCACAGGUAGUGGAACAGGCUAUCAGGGAGGACCCAACGCAAACAAGAACAUGCCUCCCCCAGGUCCUCAACCACCGAGGAGGCAUCCAGACUUUGCCAAAGACCAGCAAUACCCGUACAACCAACCACGUGCACCCAUGUACGGUGGUUGGCCAAACAACAACCAGUACCGACCCCCUCAGUACGGAGGCACGCCCGGAGCUCCUCAGGUCACGCCCCAGCAGUGGAAUCAGAGCGGAAGGCCCGCCGGCCCUUGGCCUGCUAAUCAAGGCUAUCAGCAACCACCGGCAGGGCAACCGCCUUGGCCGGGAAUCGCCCAACCGGCUGCCCAGAACGCGAACAUGAGACCGGUGCACAGACCGGGCAAACCGUUCCCCAACAUGAUGCCUCCGGGCGGGGCGAAAGGCAACCAGGCGCAGCCUACCUCGGGCAGCUCGUACAGCCACAGCCAGAUGACCAAGAGAGAGAUCACGUUCCCUCCCGAUAGCGUGGAGGCGACAGUGCCUGUGCUGUAUCGGAGGAAGAGGCUGUGCAAGGCCGAUGUGGGGCAGGUGGAUGCUUGGCGUAUCAUCAUGUGUUUGCGCUCGGGGCUAUUGUCCGAGAGUACUUACGCCCUCGACAUGCUCAACGUGCUGCUUUUCGACGAUUCGUCGGUCGGAUAUUUCGGGUUGAGCCAGUGGCCGGGUCUCAUGGACCUGCUGAUCGAGCAUUUCAAGCGCAGCCUUUCGGAUAUGUUCGACGGGCCGUACCCGCGAGAAGAACCGACGGAUGGUCACGAAAUCGAUCUGGGUGGGGUGGUGACGCCAGUCGAUCCCGAUCUGAAAACGGUCGUGCUCAACAACACUCCCAACUACUCGAUGGUAUCCAGGAAGGGGCACCCGGUGAAGCUUAUAGACAAACCGGAGGACAUUUUCAUACAAGACAACGUGAAAGCUUGGGACACGAAAGGCGAUCCUAAUAUCAGGAACACGCUGGCGGAGAUAGCUACAGAUCCGUGGCACACGAACGCCGAAUAUAUCCUACCCUCUUUCCAAGCCGAGUUCCAGAGUAUACCCUUCCACAUGCGAUUGAAGGAGGAGAUCAAAAGCGAGGUGAAGGAGGAGGUGAAGGAGGAGGCGAUAGAGAAGAAGGAGGCAGCAGCGAAUGAAAAAGAGGAAGAAGAGAUGGAGGUAGAGCCUAAAGUCAAGUCUCCUCCCCCGGACGAGGGACCACCUGCUAAGCCGUGUGACAAAAGACGUAGGUCCAAGACAUUAAGUGAUGUGAUAUCUCGAAUUAAGAAGGAUUCAGAGGCGAACGAGCUCACCGCGGCCGCGACGGAAGACGACGUAAAGACUGAGGUAGUGAGUGAGAAAGCGGACUUUGAGGAGGCGAGUUUAGAUCUGAAAAUUAGUGUGAACGGCGAGUGCGCCGACAGAACGGAGACUGUAAAGGAUCCCUCGGGGUCCUUGAAGAGACGGAGGAUCUCCGAUUACGAGGACGAGGCUUAUACUAGAGACGAGGCCAGCUUGGUGCUGCUCACUGAGAGCCAGGAUAACAUAGGCAAACGGUGCGUGUGCUUGUCGAACAUUCUUAGAAGCCUUACGUUCAUUCCUGGGAAUGAGAUCGAGUUUUCUAGAAGCGCCACGUUCUUGGCGCUGAUUGGGAAGCUGUUGCUGCUCCAUCACGAACAUCCGCCUCGUACACAGAAGACGAGGAAUUACGACCGGGAGGAGGACGCGGACUUUGCGGACUCGUGCAGCAGCCUGCAAGGGGAGAGCGAAUGGUGGUGGGAGUUCCUCGUCCAGAUACGCGAGAACAUCCUCGUCUCGCUGUCGAACAUAGCCGGGCAAGUGGACGUGUCGCUAUUCGGCGAAGAGGUGGCCAGGCCGAUGCUGGACGGGCUUCUCCACUGGGCCAUCUGCCCGUCGGCCGCCGGCCAGGACCCCUUCGCCUCGGUGGGCCCCACGUCGUUGCUCUCGCCCCAAAGGCUGGCCCUCGAGGCGCUGUGCAAGUUGUGCGUGACCAACAGCAACGUCGACCUGGUGAUAGCCACGCCGCCGUUCUCCCGACUGGAGAGGCUUUGCGCGGUGCUCACCAAGCACCUAUGUCGGUCCGAGGACCAGGUGCUCAGAGAGUUCUCGAUCAACCUCCUACACUACCUGGCGGCGGCAGACAGCAGCAUGGCGCGCGUGGUGGCUGCGCAGACUCCGUGCGUGUCGCUACUGGUCGCCUUCAUCGAGCAAGCGGAACAAAGUGCGAUGGGCGUGGCCAACCAGCACGGCAUCGGUGCGCUGCGGGAGAACCCCGACUCGAUGGGGACCAGCUUGGACAUGCUGAGGAGGGCCGCCGCGACUCUGGUGUUUCUGGCCAGGCAUCCGGAGAACAGGGCUCUGUUGGUGCAGCAGGAGGCCAGGUUGCUGGCGCUGGUGAUGAGCCAGAUUCUGGAUCAGCAGGUGGCGCUGCUGCUGUCGAAAGUGUUGUUCCAGAUAUCGCGCAGCUAAUCCGCAGUGGUCAGGUUGAAACGAUGCGGCCUUGCUGGUGUAUAGAAAGACAGACCCGAACCGUGUGUAGCGCGAUUCCCCCUGACUUUUACCACAAUGACAGUGUAUGUGUGUGUGCGCGUGCUUGUGUGGAUGAGAGUGAUGUGAUGAGAUUCAAUAUCGAGACUAGGUGAGGAGGAGAGAUAGAGAGAGAGAGAUAUCCGGAUCUCUGCUAGCUAAACAAUUCACAUAGUGUAAUCCAUACAUAAUUGUACCAUUUUGUAAAUUAAGCGACAUACGUCUUUCUGGAAAAUGUUAAACAUACAUCCAUGUUACUUAUGUUAUUUAUUAUUUGAUAUACAUACAAGUAUAAACGUAGAUUCCAACUACUCUGGAAUAGCCUGAUUGGUGCAAAAAAUGCGGGUGCAGGUGGUGUCAUCUCCCUUUUAGUUUCCUGCACACUCACUUUUCUUAUUUCAUGUUUGGUAUUACUGUGCUAAUGCUUUAUACAUGUCUGAUAAUGAAUUUAAUUAAAUAAAUGUACAAAGGAAGUACCGAAAAAUGGUGUUUUUAUACAAGUUUUAAUUUUCUAUGUAUAUUUAGAAAUGUUUUAUACAUCCCAUUUUAGCUGUUACAUUGAACUCUGUUAAAGAACAAGUAUGGACUGUAAACAUUAGAAGAGGCAGUCUUGAUCUAGAACUCAAAUGUAGUUUAAAAUAUGUGGUGAUAUUUUUCUGGCUGUAGGUAUAAUUCAUCUUAUGUAUGAUUGCAUAUUGUAAAAUAA